UCGUUUUAAUUUUGACACAAAAAAAAAUGGCACAAGAAAAAAAAUCAAUCGCCGGGAAAAUCGAGUUGAAAAGAGAACUGGGGCUUUUCAGUGCGGUCAGUAUUAUCCUAGCGGUGAUGAUUGGUUCCGGUAUCUUUGUGUCGCCAACCAGUGCCCUUGAACGAUCAGGAUCCGUGGGAUUUUGUCUAAUCAUCUGGAUCAGUUGCGGCGUGUUAUCUCUAUUUGGUGCGCUGGCUUUCGCCGAACUGAGUACCGUGGUUCCACGUUCCGGUGCCGAAUAUGCAUAUUUUAUCGAGGCGUUUGGACCAUUACACCAGUAUGCCGGUCAGAUACCGGCAUUUAUUUGUUCCUGGGUCUAUGUGAUGUUGCUACGACCGGCAGAAGUAGCGGUGAUCACAUUGACUUUCGCAGAGUACAGCGUGCAACCAUUCUCUAGCUAUCUCAAUUUGCCCAGUGAUUCUAUGAUGUCGUUGAAGAAACUCAUAGCGAUCAUGACAUUGGGUGUGAUAACUUACAUCAACCUCGUCAGCGUCAAGCUCUAUGUGAGAGUGCAGAACGUGUUCACUGUGUGCAAAAUACUUGCCUGCAUUGUAGUGAUCGCCGGUGGAUCUUGGUGGCUGGCUUUGGGACACGUAGAGCUCCUCAACGAUCCUUUUCGCGGCACUACCACAUCGGCUGGUAACAUCGCUUUGGCCUUCUACAGCGGUCUCUGGGCAUACGAUGGAUGGUCCUCGGCCGCAAUUGUUACCGAGGAAAUACAGAAGCCCGAGAUCAAUAUCCUCAGAAGUACCCUCAUCGCAGUACCAACCAUCACUAUUCUAUACGUAUUCAUGAACUUGAUGUACAUGGCGGCGUUGACAACGCCGGAGAUGGUGAACGCACCAGCGGUGGCAGUUCUUUGGGCAAACCGAGUUCUACCAUCUUGGAUGGGCUUUGCGAUACCGCUUGGCGUGGUAUUGUCAACCUUCGGAUGUGCCCUCAGUGUGCAAUUCAGCGUAUCCAGGCUAUGCUUCGUCGCCGGUAGGGAGGGCCAUGUGCCGCGCGUCUUCAGCUACGUACAUAUGGAGAAGAUGACACCGGCCGCAGCCGUGAUUUUUCAGGCCGUGCUCUCGCUAUUGUGCCUGAUGUUGGGCAAUAUAGUUGCCCUGAUCGAAUUCGCCAGUUUCCUCAUGUGGGUGUUCUAUGGAUUUGCGAUGGUAUCGCUCCUAAUUCUGCGAAGGACAAAACCAGAUGCUCCCAGACCGUACGCCGUGCCUAUCGCGAUACCUUGGCUGGUGUUGCUAGUCUCGAUCUUCCUUGCAGUGCUUCCGAUAAUUUAUGAACCUUCGCUAAAGUACCUCUUCGCACUUGCAUUUAUUCUGUUUGGUAUUGCCGUAUACCAUAUAUAUGUAUACAAGAAGAUAAAAAGUACUUUAUUAGACAAGCUGACGUACUUCAUACAAGCAUUGUGCCUAGUUGUCGCACCAGAUAAACAAGACUGAAAUAUUUGUAUAUAAGUACAUACUAUUUUGCUCACAUAAUACAAUUUUUUCCUGUAUAUGUGCAUUUUAUAAUUCACAAAAAAUGACAUUAUUUUGUACAUUUUUUUCUAUGGAUCAAAAUGAAUUGAAAAUUUAAUCUUUGUAUAAUACGUAUGAAUAGAAUGUGACAAUAUUAGAAUAAUAAUGGUUUGUAUUUUAUAUCUAUCGAUUGUUCAGCAUGCAUUUUGAUAUCAAUGAUAUCAGAGAUCAAAUGUUGAGGAUAGAUAUGUAGGAAAUUUUUACACAUGUGUUUGGAUUUUUUUUACCUUAGCUUUAUUUUUUAUUCUUUAUUUUAUUUAUAAUCGAAAAUUAUUUUAAAGGUGAUUGUAAGGUGCGCAGUUACGGGUGUU